UUGACGACGACCCGCAGGAGACCCCAGCGUCCCAAGCUUGCUACCACAAAAAUCACUUCCCGCGUGGACACUACCCACGAUCUGUGGAAGGUGUGGAUCGAAAAGCCGGACGGAUUCCAGUUCAAGCCCGGUCAGUAUUGCACGAUAGGUGUCGACGGAAUCGAACGAGCCUACUCGAUCGUGUCCGCGCCAUUCGAAGACGAACUCGAACUGUUCGUAGAGCUCGUCCCCCCUCCGGACGGAAACCUCACCCCGCUUCUGCACGAACUGGGAGUAGGAAAGGCGGUCACGAUUCGUCCCCGCGCCAAGGGCAUCUUCGUCCUGAACCCCAGCCUCCCUCAACAGAUGUUCGUGGCAACCGUAACCGGUGUAGUUCCUUAUGUGAGCAUCAUCCGACAGUACCUCCACGAAGGCAGUUCAGGCCAUCACUUCCAUGUGCUGAUGGGCGCGAGCUACGCGGACGAGUUUGCCUACGAUGAGGAGCUGCGACGGCUGUCUGAGGAACACUCGGACCUAAUCACCUUCGUACCGACGGUCAGCCGUCCUGACGAAGAGCCGAACGCCAACUGGCACGGUGAGACCGGUAGGGUCAACACAAUCGUAGAAGCGUACGCCGAACGCAACGGGCUGACUCCUGAGGACACGAUCGUGUACGCCUGCGGACACCCCGGGAUGAUCGAGGAUGUCAAAGACCGGAUGAUCCCGAAGGGAUACAAGGUCGAAGAAGAGCGCUUCUGGAAGGACGACUGA